AAGAUGGCGGCGGCGCAGGAGGCGGACGGAGCCGGCAGCGCCGUGGUGGCGGCCAGGGGAGGCGGCUCCGGUCAGGUGACCAGCAAUGGCAGCGUCGGGAGGGACCCGCCAGCAGAGACCCAGCCCCAGAACCCGCCCCCCCAGCCAGCACCCAACGCCUGGCAGGUCAUCAAGGGGGUGCUGUUCAGGAUCUUCAUCAUCUGGGCCAUCAGCAGCUGGUUCCGCCGAGGGCCGGCACCUCAGGACCAGGCUGGUCCCGGAGGAGCCCCGCGCGUCGCCAGCCGCAACCUGUUCCCCAAGGACACGUUAAUGAACCUGCACGUGUACAUCUCGGAGCACGAGCACUUCACAGACUUCAAUGCCACGUCCGCCCUCUUCUGGGAGCAGCACGACCUCGUGUACGGCGACUGGACGAGCGGCGAGAACUCGGACGGCUGCUACGAGCACUUCGCUGAGCUCGACAUCCCGCAGAGCGUCCAGCAGAAUGGCUCCAUCUACAUCCACGUCUACUUCACCAAGAGUGGCUUCCACCCAGAUCCCCGGCAGAAGGCCCUGUACCGCCGCCUCGCCACGGUCCACAUGUCUCGGAUGAUUAACAAGUACAAGCGCAGGCGAUUUCAGAAAACCAAGAACCUGCUGACAGGAGAGACAGAAGCUGACCCCGAAAUGAUCAAGAGAGCUGAAGACUAUGGACCUGUGGAGGUGAUCUCCCACUGGCACCCCAACAUCACCAUCAACAUUGUGGAUGACCACACCCCGUGGGUGAAGGGCAGCGUGCCUCCGCCCCUGGACCAGUACGUGAAGUUUGAUGCUGUAAGCGGUGACUACUACCCCAUCAUCUACUUCAAUGACUACUGGAACCUGCAGAAGGACUACUACCCCAUCAACGAGAGCCUGGCCAGCCUGCCGCUGCGCGUCUCCUUCUGUCCGCUCUCGCUGUGGCGCUGGCAACUCUAUGCUGCCCAGAGUACCAAGUCGCCCUGGAACUUCCUGGGUGACGAGCUGUACGAACAGUCGGAUGAGGAGCAGGACUCGGUGAAGGUGGCCCUUCUGGAGACCAACCCCUAUCUGCUGGCACUCACCAUCAUCGUCUCCAUUGUGCACAGUGUCUUCGAGUUCCUGGCCUUCAAGAACGAUAUCCAGUUCUGGAACAGCCGGCAGUCUCUGGAGGGCCUGUCCGUGCGCUCCGUCUUCUUCGGCGUCUUCCAGUCGCUCGUGGUCCUCCUCUACAUCCUAGACAAUGAGACCAACUUCGUGGUCCAGGUCAGCGUCUUCAUCGGGGUCCUCAUCGACCUCUGGAAGAUCACCAAGGUCAUGGACGUCCGGCUGGACCGGGAGCACAGGGUCGCAGGGUUCUUGCCCCGCUUGACCUUCAAAGACAAGUCCACGUACAUUGAGUCUUCAACCAAAGUGUAUGACGACAUGGCGUUCCGGUACCUUUCCUGGAUCCUCUUCCCGCUCCUGGGCUGCUAUGCCGUCUACAGCCUGCUGUACCUGGAGCACAAGGGCUGGUACUCCUGGGUGCUCAGCAUGCUCUACGGCUUCCUGCUGACUUUCGGUUUCAUCACCAUGACGCCCCAGCUCUUCAUCAACUACAAGCUCAAGUCUGUGGCCCACCUGCCCUGGCGCAUGCUCACCUACAAGGCGCUUAACACUUUCAUUGACGACCUGUUCGCCUUCGUCAUCAAGAUGCCGGUGAUGUACCGGAUCGGCUGCCUGCGGGACGAUGUGGUCUUCUUCAUCUACCUCUACCAACGGUGGAUCUACCGCGUCGACCCCACCAGGGUGAAUGAGUUUGGCAUGAGUGGGGAGGACGUGACAGCAGCCGCCUCUGUGCCCGAAGCCCCCACAGCAGCCGGGGCCCUCUCCCCCGCGCCCACCACCGCUGCCACUGCUGCCGCCAGGGAGGAGGCCGCCACGUCCCUGCCUGCCCAGGGGCCCAGCUCCGCCCACGAGCCCCAGGAAGCCACCCCAAAGCCAGCAGAGGACAAGAAGAAAGAUUAGCUGGCUGGGUCCUUGGCUGCCCCGGCUCUGGUGACAGCACCCCGCCUCCCCGGCCUCCUUCACCUCCCCUCCCCGCGCCCUCUCCCUGGACAGAUGGGCCGGGGCCCAGCGUGUGAUGUGGGGGUCGGACAGGCCAGGGCUCGUUGUUUGUGGAGGCGCCGUCUGUCUGUCUGUUCUCUGUGUUUCCAGCCAUCUUGCCCUGCCAGCCCAGCACCAUUGGGAAUCAUGGUGAAGCCGUC